UUUAGUUUGAUACACGUUAACUCGGACACCGGAAGUGACUUCUGCAAGUCUGUUUCUGGUGGCUGGCGGGGGGAGUGGCGGUUUAUUCGGAAUGGCGAAUUUUGUGGACCAUGAUGAGACAUUAGGCCCUUAUUGGACUAAAGACACUUCUGAUGAGGAGCAGCCCAUGGUUUUUAUUGCAGGCUUGAUGACCUUAGAAACAUUACAAAUGCAGAACAGGGCAAAGAAUUGCAAAGCAGAUGACAAAAAGAAAGUUGCUCAUCAUACCCCAAAUACUUUGUCCUGUAUGUCCUUCAAGAAACCUCAGGUGAAGAACACUGCUGUUGAGCAGGUUUCCUCAGAAAAGGCAAAAAAUCGGAACCCUUCCUUCAAAGACCUAUGUCAAGAAGACAAGCGACGCAUUGCAGUCCUCAUUCAAGAGCUUGCCAGACUGAGCGAAGAAAAAGAAGAGAGUGUGGAACGUUUCAAAGUGGAACAAGAGUCAUUUGAAAAGAGAAUACAGCAGUUGGAGAAGCAGAACGAGCUAAUUGAACAUGAAAGGGAAGCUCUGCGACAGCAGUACAAAGAAUGCCAGGAGUUACUGGCAUUAUAUCAACAGUACUUGACUGAAGAGCAGGAGAAACUGAGCCACUCCAUCUCUCAGGCUCGUCUGGGACACACACCUCUUACGCAACCAAGUCAACCAACAUCUCAGACUCUUCCAGUCAGCAUAACAAUAGAACAUCUGUCUGCUCAGAGUGACAAGUUAUACCAGUCCAUGAACCAAGCAAGGCAAAUGGACAGUUUCCAUGGACAGCAAGAUAAGUUACUCCCUCUGUCAGGAGUGCUUCAAGAGCAGCCAUUUCGUGCUAUCCAUCGAGAUUGCUCAACUGUGAAACAACCAAAGGACUUGAAGCUUCAGUGCUACGAGGUCAAUGAGACACCCAAGGUUUAUCUUACAAGUAAAAUAUCUUCUCAUCUGCCUAAUGCAACCUUAGAUGGUUCAUACAUAGACCAUGUUUCAUCCAAGACAGUAGCAGCAUUUGGAACAAAGCAACAAAGUACUCCUGGAAUGCAGAAAAUCGGCAUGUCAGGGUUGCAUAGUCAGUCUUCAGUAAUUUGCACUGGAACUGAACAAGAAAACAAUGAUGUAAUCAGCUUGAUGCAUCAUGAUAAGAUUCCUGUAGUACAAAUGGAGACACUACAUGAGUGUAUAAAUAAGCAUGAGGAGGCAUGUCAGAUUGAUGGAAGUUUCAGAUUACCAGAUCCUCUAAUUGAGGUUCAUCCUUCUCCCCAUGAAGCUUGUGAUUUUAGCAGUGAAGUUGUGGAAAGUAGAUGUGGUCAAUUCCAGAAGACUAAAAUGGGGGAGAGAAGGCAAAAACUACUUCAGCAAAAACAGCAGCUGGAAAAGCAGAAAGAGCAACUUCAGGUGAUGCUUGCUCAACAAGAAGAAAGGCUUCUUCAGCAUCAGCAGAAUCUGUGGCAAAAUCAUCUGGAUUUUAAAAGAUGUUGUGAAUCUGCCAUUGACCUUGAAGAAAUAAGUGCUAAAGUUCCAUUUGCUGAGAAAGAAAAAAUGCAUCAAAAGACCUUAGGAUCAAUUUCUAGCAGAAGGAUGUUUGUAUCACCAAUGGAGAGCCCUCCUCGUCUAAUGUCUCAGGAUAGGCAGAAGUUACACAGUCCAACACACAAGUAUUACAGAAGAGGAGGCUUGCAGUGUGGAACAGAGUUUCUUUCAAGUGAAAGUGUCAUACCCAAGGCAAAAGGCUCAUGCUCUGUUUUCCGAAAAAAAUUUCCUACUCCUCCAGUUCCACUGAUUGCUCCUACAGUAACGUACCCUCAGCAACCAAACAACUGAGUCUGGCAAAAAAUAUAAAAUGGCAUUCCUCCCAAAUCAGUAUUGAUGAGUGAAUGCUGCUGAAUUUGGUUCACCUCGUGUCCCCACCAAACUCCAUGGCCCCCAUGCAAUCCAGGGAGGCUUCCCUCUUGCAUUCCGGGGAAGAUACUGCCCCUCUCCUGCUCCUUCCGUUCUCCAGGUGUCCCAGAGAGGCAAGGUCCCUGGACAUCCAUCGCAACCUCAAAGUCAACGAAAAUAACGGAAUUGUUCGUGAAUUUUGGUGAACAUGGUUAAAUGCAUUGAAGUCAAUGUGGGAGAAGGUACUGAACUAGUUUUGAUUGGACUAUAAAUGUGAUAUGGUAUUUUAGGUGUCUGUGAUUGGCUAGGGAAGUGCCUGCCAACUUAUGCCAGACUGAUUUUUGUGACCCAGAAAUGUGCUAUGAACUAUGCCGCAGCAGGGAUAACCACUGCCCCACCAUGCCUCUCUAAGUUAAGAUUUGGUCAUAUGUUGGACUGCUUUGUUGCUUUCUAGUUAAAGAGAAAAAACACUUUCACAGAGACACAAGUCACACAAAUGCAGGAUUAACUGUGGUCAUGAGCAAGUCUAAUAUGUCGUUGUAAUGCAAACCUUUAUAAGUGAUUGAUUAUGUGAUGUAAUUGGAUUAACGCAAAUGAGAUGUUUGCCUCUUGAUACUGUAUACAUUAUGUAAUUCAACACUAGAAGCACCGUGGCCAUCAUUAUCUGCCAUGUGUUUUUAAAUUUUUAUAUAUUUCAUCAGUGUGCAUGUCAUGCUUCUGUCCUUCCUUGCGUUUUCUCAAGUUACUUUAAUUCAAAUGCCCAUGUUGUUGCAACUUUGAAAUUCUAGUCAGAAAAUGUGAUUAAUGAUAUUCUCUUUGUUUUUUUUUUUUAUUUAAACCUACAAUCCACACCAUUAAAUGUUGGUGCAAAGUUGUGAAUCCUUGUCUUUUCUUCAUCAUGCACCUGACUGCAUUUCCUUAAUCUUUUGUCUAGGUGAUACAGGUGUUGGUGUACUUUAGCUCCCUCAAUGAAUAAAAUGAUAAU